GGACAGUAUUAGCAGAUAGCUCAUUGAUCGCUGCACUUUACGCGAUAUCCCGAACAACGUCAAAAGUUACAACGCUAAACCAUUGCCCUUGUCAUCCCCCAGAUGUCGGAACGAGGCAAUUUCCGUGGCGGUCGCGGCAGCGGUGGCGGCAGAGGCGGUAGAGGUGGAGAUCGAGGUGGCCGUGGCGGCGCCCAGGGUGGUCAAGCUCAAGAGCGCAAGAAGGAAAAUAUCCUGGAUCUCUCCAAGUACAUGGACAAGGAGAUCAAUGUCAAGUUCAACGGUGGCAGAGAAGUUGUGGGCACGCUCAAAGGUUACGACCAGCUGAUGAACCUUGUCUUGGACGAUGUCAAGGAGCUGAUGAGAGAUGAUGAAGGCAAUGAGUCUUCGCGACCGCUCGGCCUCAUUGUCGCCCGGGGCACCCUACUCGUUUUGAUUUCUCCCGUCGACGGAAGCGAAGAGAUUGCCAACCCGUUCGUCCAACUUGAAGCGUAAACAGAAGGGAUGGAUUCAUUCGCUUUUUCUUUUGAUACCCUGUCCCGGGUAUUCUGGCUCUGUUGAAUAUUGGGGAUAUGUUCUUAUUUAAGCAUGGCCCAUCCGCAUCUUACAUGAAGGUAUUGGCUUAUUCUGUGCUGCAUUACAUGCCGAACCGGGCAGCAGCUGGUGAGGCUGGCCUCAUGGGGGGAAUAUGCGGUUUUCACCAAAGACAAUUGGUGUCUAACGUGCGUACAAAGAGGACUCUUGAAUUGCUCUCUUUCGGCCUACGAAGCUCAUGUGUGUCGUAGCCUAAACGCAUACAAUAAUGAUGUAACUAAAUGACGAUAAAAGAAAAAGAAAAGUUAUUUUUGAUAGGAUC